GGACGUGCCGUGUGUAAUCUUCAAAUAAGAGAGAAAGUGACACCACACAAUCAGACACACAUACAGAGAGAGAGAGAGAUGGCAGCCGCUGGAGUUAGCAGGGAGCAGAGGUGGAGCCUCGCCGGCGCAACCGCGCUGGUCACCGGCGGCAGCAGAGGAAUUGGGCAUGCAAUCGUGGAGGAGCUUGUCGGGCUCGGGGCGCGGGUGCACACGUGCUCUGAGAACGCGGCGGAGUUGGAGGAGCCGGUCACCGUCUCCGUCUGCGACGUCUCCGUGCGAGCCGAGAGGGAGAAGCUCAUGGAGACGGCGAAGCAAACCUUCGACGGCAAGCUCGACAUACUAGUAAACAACGUGGGGCGGAAUGUGGCCAAGGCGGCCGUGGAGUGGACGGCGGAGGAGUACUCGCAUCUCAUGUCGACUAACUUGGAGGCGGCGUUCCACCUAAGCCAGCUCGCACACCCCUUCCUCCGAGACGCCUCCAUCGCCGGAGGAGGCAGCGUCGUUAACAUCUCCUCGGUUGCAAGCUCACUCGGCUACCCGACCCUCGCGCUAUAUUGCAUAUCUAAAGGAGGAGUUAAUCAGCUUACAAGGAGCCUUGCUGCCGAGUGGGCUCAAGAUAAGAUCCGUGUCAACUCCGUCGCUCCGGGUGGGAUCAAUACCGAGCUGCAAAACAGUGUGGAUCCAAAGGUCAUAGAAAAUACGUUGUUGAGAACUCCGAUGCAUCGGCUCGGUGAGCCAGUUGAGGUGGCGUCGAUGGUGUCGUUCCUUUGCAUGCCAGCAGCUUCAUUCGUCACCGGCCAGGUCAUCUACGUCGAUGGGGGCCGAACCAUUAGUGGCUAAUCAAUUAUUCCAACCUACUUUAGUAACCGUUAAGCUCCUCUCCCGGUUGACCGGUGCGAACAAAAUUAGGUUGUGUUUGGUUGUUAUUCUAAAAAAGUUAUUGUGAGUUGUGAGCGGUAAGAAAGUUAUUAUAAACCUUCAGCUAUGGAAAAGCUGAAAGUUGUUUGGUUGAGAGACAACCAUGAAACUGUAGAUUUGGUUGUAAAUUGGAACACUUCUUUCAAGUUCUUGCUUAAAAUUUCUCAAAAAACAUUAUUCUCAA